AUGGCCGGAGGCGUGCCCGCGCCCCGCAGACAGUAUGACCCGUAUUCCAACACGUACAACCCGGGCUGGAGGGACCAUCCCAAUCUCAGUUAUGGGAACAGGCAACAAAGUUCAUUCCCGAAUCGUCCACCAGGAUUCCACCAGCCUUGGCAACCAAAAUCUCAACCCUCAUCCUCCAAUUCAGGAAUCUCCUUGAAGGACCUGGUCAAAAGCCUAGCUACGACUACUACUCAGCUUCAACAGGAGAUCAGAUCCUUGGCAGCAAAUACCGCGCAGCUCCAGCAGGACACCAAAGCGGACAAGAAGGACCAAGAAGCUCGAAUAAGCCAACUGGCAACUGCCAUUAACCGCUUGGAGUCCCACAUUUAUGGGAAACUGCCAUCGCAACCUGAGGUAAACCCCAAGAAUGUAAGUGCCAUGACGCUGAGGAGUGGCAAGGAACUAGAACGGUCUAAAGUGGGAAAUUCAAAAAGCAAAAGUGAGGACGAGAUAGAAAAGGAAAUUGAGGAGGAAGGACGUGUUCGUGAGGAUCCUAAGGUAACCUCCAUCUCUCCACUCACUACUAACUCUAACUUACCCCCUCUUCCUUGCAGGUUGGAAAAGACAAAGAAGGUAGAGAAGAAAAAAGAGCUCUUGGAUGUGUUUCGAAAAGUGGAGAUCAACAUUCCCCUGUUGGAUGCAAUCAAGCAGAUACCGAAAUAUGCUAAAUUUUUGAAGGACUUGUGCACCCACAAGAGGAAGCUAAGGGGAGAUGAACGAGUGGCGGUGGGAGAGAACGUGUCAGCUAUAUUUCAAAGGAAACUCCCACCAAAAUGUGGAGACUCAGGUAUGUUCACCAUUCCCUGCAAGAUAGGAGGUACCCCAAUUAGGAAAGCAAUGUUGGAUUUGGGGGCGUCAAUUAAUAUUAUGCCUAAGACAAUCUAUGCUUCUCUUAAUCUUGGCCCAUUAAAAGGCACAGGCAUUAUAAUCCAACUUGCAGACCGUACCAAUGCUUAUCCAGAGGGGUUAGUUGAAGAUGUUUUGGUACAAGUCAAUGAGUUAGUUUUUCCUGCAGAUUUCUAUGUCUUAGAUAUGGGAGAUGAAAAGACAUUAAAUCCGUCACCUAUUUUGCUAGGUAGACCAUUUUUAAGCACUGCUAGGACGAAAAUAGAUGUGAAUGAGGGUACUUUGUCGAUGGAGUUUGAUGGUGAAAUUGUAAAUUUCAAUAUCUUUGAUGCGAUGAAAUACUCGGAUGAGGCUAACUCUGUUUUUGCUUUGAGCAUUAUUGAACCUCUUGUACAGGACACAUUUGAAUUGAAUAGGGGCGAUGCACUGGAAGUGGCAUUGGCCAAACAUCUCGAGUUGGGAGCAACUCUUGAUGUAGAAAUAAGUGAUGAGCUAUACCGUGCAGUUGAAGCAUUGCAUUCGCUCCCACCACUCUCCCCAAGGUAUGAGCUUACUUCUCUCUUUGUACCAGAAACUCAGGCAAAAUUGUUGCCUUCUAUUGUGCAGGCACCUGAGUUGGAGCUCAAGCCUCUCCCGAAGCACUUGAAAUAUGCAUUUCUCGGAGACAAUGAGACGUUACCAGUCAUCAUAUCUGCUCACCUGUCACCAAGAUAA